AUGCUGGAGAAUGCAGCAUUACAUAGAGAUGUGGUUGAAAAAAUACAAAGAAUUUUGAAUCAACAUAACCCAUUUGUGCAAACAUUUCAUCACCUAGCUCAGCGUCCGGAUUUGCAAAAUUGCAGACUCAUCAUUAGAGAGCAAGCUGCAAACCAACAUCAGUACAGUUUGCCUUCAGCAUCCCAGGUUGCUGCAAUAAUAGUGGGUACAAAUGAUGUGGAAAAUCUGACAGGUCGUGAUAUUGUUGUACAAACAAAGCAAGGCCAGCUUCUAAAUAUUCAAGAUUGUGUUGGGUACUAUGAUCCCUUACAGUAUCCAUUAUUGUUCCCAUAUGGAACAUAUGGAUGGGAUGUGAAUAGUAGGAAUAAUAAUGGUCAAAAAUUGACGUGUCGUGACUAUUAUGCAUAUAUUUUGCAGAUCCGUCAAUAUGAUGAUUCACUUUUACUCCGAGGGGGCCGUCUAUUGCAACAAUAUGUCGUGGAUAAUUACGUCAAAAUUGAAACACAAAAGUUGAGAUGGAUUCGCAGCAAUCAAAGUACUCUUCGACGUGAGUUGUAUGACGGACUACAUGACUCACUUAAUGCUGGUGAAAAUAAUGCAGGUAACAUUGGUCGCAAGACUAUUUUACCAUCAUCUUUUAUUGGAAGUCCACGUGAUAUGCACCAAAGAUAUCAGGAUGCAAUGGCUUUGGUCCAAAAAUAUGGAAAGCCGGAUAUUUUUCUCACAAUGACAUGUAAUCCAAAUUGGGAAGAAAUAAAUGCAGAGUUAUUACCUGGUCAAGUGGCACAAGAUCGCCCGGAUCUAACUACUAUAAUUUUUCGUGCCAAAUUUGAAGAGUUAAAGAAUGAUGUUAUUAAAAAAGGAGUCUUGGGUACUGUUGUUGCAUACGUAUAUGUCAUCGAGUUUCAAAAACGUGGUCUCCCACAUGUUCAUAUGCUUCUCAUGUUGAGUGACGAUGAUAAACUAAACAACCCAGAUGAUUAUGACCACAUUGUUCGGGCUGAAAUUCCAAAUCAAAAUGAAGAGCCAGAGUUAUACAAUGCAGUGUUGGGGCACAUGAUACACGGUCCAUGUGGGGUACAUAGGCGAAAUGCUCCAUGUAUGAAGCGUGGGAGCUGCAAACGAGGCUAUCCAAAGCCAUUUUCAGUAACCACAUUUCAAGGAAAUGAUUCUUAUCCUGUUUAUCGUAGACGAGACAAUCAAUCAGAUAUGCAAUCUAAUGGCAAUCAAAAUAGACCACUGGAUAAUAGUUGGGUUAUCCCCUAUAAUCCAUGGUUACUCACAAAAUAUGAUUGUCAUAUCAAUGUGGAAAUUUGUUGCAGCAUUAAGAGUGUCAAGUAUUUGUAUAAAUAUGUCUACAAAGGUCCAGACAGAGUAACAUUUGAAGUUCGGCCUGAAGCAAAUCAAGAUGAAAUAAGAAACUUUGUUGAUGCAAGAUGGGUUUGUGCACCAGAAGCUUUGUGGAGGAUGUUUAAAUUCGUGAUGAAUCGAAUGUAUCCAUCAGUUGAACGAUUGCAAAUUCAUCUUCCAAAUCGACACAAUGUUUUCUUUAAUGCCACUGAAAGUGUAACAGCAAUUCUGGCAAAUGAAAGAAGCUCGAUGACAAUGCUCACAGAAUUUUUUACUAAGAAUACUUAUUUUGAAAGUGCACGUCAAUACUUAUAUCGAGAGUUUCCUGAGCAUUACAAAUGGGAUGGGAGACAUAAAACAUGGGAAGCAAGGGAGACCAACCAAAAAGUCAUUGGAAGAAUUUACACAGUGUCACCUUCAGAAGGAGAAAAGUUUUACUUGCGUGUUCUUCUUAAUCAUGUUCGAGGACCUAAGUCAUUUGAGGAUUUAAGGACAGUUGAUGGGGUCUUACAACCGACAUUCAAGAAAGCAGUUGAAGAACGUGGUUUGUUAGAAGAUGACGAAAGUAUUAGACAAUGUCUACGUGAGGCCUCUAAUAUACGUAUGCCGUCAUCUUUAAGAAGAUUGUUUGUCACCAUCCUGGUUUAUUGCAUGCCCCAUGAAGUACGCAGUUUGUGGGAUGAAUUUUAUCCAUUCAUGAUAGAGGAUUAUCCUUCUACGAGCACCACGGACAAUGUACGUAUCACAAAUAGACUUUUACGAGACUUGAACGAGUUGUUGGUGCAGCACAGUAAGUCCGUUUUUGAUUAUGACUUGCCAGAAAUGACUCAAGAUGGUGGUGAAAAUUCUUCAAUGCCAAGGCUAAUACAAGAUGAAAUUUCAAUUAACAUUCCUCAAGAAGACCGGGAUGCAGUUCAUCAUUUGAAUGAGGAUCAAACUUUUGCAUACAAUUCCAUAAUAUCUGCUAUUGAGUGUCAUGACAAUGCCAUAUUUUUUGUUGAUGGUCCAGGAGGAACUGGAAAGACAUACUUAUAUCGUGCAUUAUUAGCAAGCUUGAGAAGCAAUGAUCAUAUUGUAUUGGCAACAGCAACUUCUGGCAUAGCAGCAACAAUACUACCUGGUGGGAGGACGACACACUCUAGGUUUAAAAUUCCUCUUAAUCUUGAUGCAUCUUCAACAUGUUAUAUUAGUAAACAAUCUGAUUUAGCAGAGUUGAUAAGAAAGUCAUCGGCAAUUGUUUGGGAUGAAGCACCAAUGAUGAAUCGAUAUGGGUUUGAAGCUCUUGAUCGAACAUUUAGAGACAUAACAAGUGUCGAUUUGCCAUUUGGAGGAAAGGUGAUGAUCUUCGGGGGUGAUUUCCGACAAGUUCUUCCUGUUAUCCAUAAGGGUACGAGAUCUGAGAUGGUGCAAGCCAGUUUGAUUAAUGCUUCAUUUUGGAAGGAUGUGAAGAUUCUUCGUUUGACGCAGAAUAUGAGAUCCAUCAACGAUCCAGAUUUCUCAGAGUUCUUACUUCGUGUUGGUAAUGGAGAACAACCAACUGUGGUUGAAGACAUAAUACAAAUACCUUGGCCCAUGAUCAUACCAUGGGAGAAUGAAGAAUCAAUCAACCAGUUGGUUAAUCAAGUCUUCCCUAAUUUGGAUCGUCAUGUAAAUGAUGCCGGGUACAUGGUUGAAAGAGCAAUAAUUACUCCAAAAAAUGAUGAUGUUGACGUACUCAAUGAAAGAAUCAUACAACACUUUCCAGGGCCUGAACGAAUCUUAUACUCUUUCGACUCAGUUGAGGAUGACACCAGAAAUAUGUAUCAACAAGAAUUUUUAAAUUCGAUUUCACCUUCUGGUAUGCCGCCACAUCAAUUGAUUAUAAAGAAAGGUGCCCCAAUUAUGCUUUUGAGGAAUAUUGACCCAAAGAUGGGGUUGUGCAACGGUACAAGAUUGACUUGCCGCGGAGCAUAUAACAAUCUAAUUGAUGCAGAGAUUUUAACAGGACAUUUUUCGGGAACUAGAGUUUUCUUGCCAAGAAUCGCUCUUAAGAGUGCCGAAAGUUCUGGACUCCCGUUUGAGAUGACAAGAAAGCAGUUCCCCGUAAAGUUGAGUUUUGCACUUACCAUAAAUAAAUCACAAGGCCAGACAAUACCAAAUGUUGGUAUUUACCUUCCUGAUCAUGUGUUCAGCCAUGGACAGCUGUACGUGGCUUUAUCGAGAGGAGUUUCAGAGGCAAGCACCAAAGUUUUGGUAAAAAAAGGACACCAUGAGAUUGCUAAUCUUAAGAGCCGCAAGGAAGAUAACUUUUCAAAGGAAAAAGAAUCCGUGAAUGCAAGUGUGUAG